UUAACAUCUGCACAGCUGCAGCGUCGACCCUUGGUAUCACUACAGCUAGACUCAUGGGCUCAGCAGAGGGAGUCAGAAAGCGCCAUACAGCUCGGCCCAGCGGCACCGAUACCGGGCCGAAAGCACAGAAUGGGCAGCUGGGCAAUUGGGGGAGAGCAUGGGAGGUGGACUGGUUUUCACUGGCUGGAGUCGUUCUGCUGCUGUGCACAGCCCCGUUCAUAGUCUUCUUCUUCGUCAUGGCUUGUGAUCAGUACCAGUGCUCUGUCAGCUUGGUUCUGCUGGACAUCUACAAUGGCAAUGCCUCCCCACUGAGUAUCUGGAACCAAGCUCCUUCACUCACAUGGACUGCUGCCAAGAUCUAUGCCUCUUGGGUUACCUUUCAGGUGGUGCUGUAUAUGUGCAUUCCAGAUAUUACCCACAAGUUCCUGCCAGGCUACGUCGGAGGGGUUCAAGAGGGAGCACGUACACCAGCAGGACUGAUUAAUAAGUAUGAGAUCAAUGGGCUGCAGUGCUGGAUUAUUACUCAUGUGUUAUGGGCUGCCAAUGCUUACUACUUUCACUGGUUUUCUCCCACCAUCAUCUUUGAUAACUGGAUCCCUCUGCUAUGGUGCACCAACAUCCUGGGCUACUCUGUGUCCACAUUCGCUUUUAUCAAGGCCUACUUGUUCCCAACCAAUCCGGAGGACUGCAAAUUCACAAGAAACAUCUUUUAUGACUACAUGAUGGGCAUCGAGUUUAAUCCACGCAUUGGAAAGUGGUUUGACUUCAAGCUGUUCUUUAACGGCCGGCCUGGGAUUGUAGCCUGGACUUUAAUUAAUCUGUCCUACGCUGCCAAACAACAGGAGCUCUACGGUCAUGUGACCAACUCCAUGAUCCUGGUCAAUGUGCUGCAGGCUAUCUACGUGUUGGAUUUCUUCUGGAACGAAGCCUGGUACUUGAAGACUAUUGAUAUCUGCCAUGAUCACUUUGGCUGGUACCUGGGCUGGGGCGACUGUGUCUGGCUGCCUUUCCUUUACACACUACAGGGCCUGUACUUGGUCUACAACCCCAUUCAGCUCUCCACCCCGAAUGCCUGGGCAGUCCUUGUCCUCGGCCUGGUGGGCUACUACAUCUUCCGCUCGGCCAACCAUCAAAAAGACCUGUUCCGCCGCACCCAGGGCAAGUGCACCAUCUGGGGCCGCAAGCCCACCUUUAUCGAGUGCUCGUACCGCUCGGCCGACGGUGCCGUUCACAAGAGCAAGCUGCUCACUUCAGGCUUCUGGGGUGCAGCGCGACAUCUUAACUACACGGGUGACCUGCUGGGCGCAUUGGCGUACUGUGUAGCAUGCGGUGCCGGCCACCUCCUGCCUUACUUCUACAUUGUGUACAUGACGAUACUACUGCUGCACCGCUGCAUCCGGGAUGAGCACCGAUGCAGCAACAAGUAUGGCGAGGACUGGAAGCGCUACACCGCUGCUGUGCCCUACCGCCUGCUGCCCAGAAUCUUUUAGAAACACUAAGAAUACAUGAAUACGGAAAGGAAGGGGAAAGUGUGAAUUGGAUACCAAGGAGUGAAGAUUUAUGAUUAGUUUGCUCAGGCGCUGUUUUCAUUUGGGUCUUUCCACAUGGUUGAUGACCAGAAGAAUUUAUUUUAAGAUUUUUGAUUUCAUUAUAGGUUUAUAUAAACGUGUCUACCUCGUUGAACAUCAUUUUAUCUGGCUCUUAAAGAUUUUUUGUAGGAUGAGAUGUAUCUAGGAGUUAUAUCUGACCAAUUUGUAAUAUGGGGGCAUUAUUAUUAACAGGAAGGGCACUUAUUGUAAGGCACUUGGAGAAGCAUAGUAGUCAGAAAGACCUUUUUAUAUUUGGUUAACUUCUCCAACAUUCUGAAAGCUAAUAAUAAAAUAAACUUAAAAAAUGUGGAGAAAAGAAACAUAAGGCAUAGGAAAUCAGCACUUUGCCAUUGCAACAGUGACUCCUACUGACUGGUUGAGGUGUCAACAUAAGCGGUGAAGAAAUACAGAGAAAAAUUGUAAAGAUGCAGCCUUCAGGAUCAUGUGUCAAAAGGGGAAUGUGCUAGUCCUCAACCACCAUUGGUGUUGUGUGUUUUAAAGAAAAUCCCCCAAACAUCUAUCCAGGUUUAUCUACUAAAAAUAUUUUAGCCAGAACAGUUUCUAUUGGUGGCAACUUUAUGGAAUACACUGAGAAGAACCUUACAUUGCUCACAGAACAGCUCUAAUUCUUUGCAGCACGGAUUCCACAGUGCAUUGGAAACAUUCCUUCAAGAUUUAGGUUCAUGUUUACAUGAUCACAUCACGUAACUGCUCACAGCUUCAAAGCUGCUUAUUACUGUGGUGAAUCCCCUGUUCUACCACAUCUCAAGGGUGGCAUAUUAUAUUCAGAUCUAGUGACUGGAAAGGCAUUUAGGUAUACUAAACACUACAACACUUGGAUUCCCGUAAAGCAAUGGUCAUCACCAAUACAGAACAUUGCAAGAACAUUCCCCACACCAUUACCACCACCAGUUUCUGUGACUUUUGUGAAUGUUACUUGCAGAACUGCCAUUUAUUGGAUGUCUUUGUUUUUCUUCAUGAUUUCAGGCACUAUGCUGCACCCACAUGACUGGCUAAUUGGAUGCUUACAUGACUGAACAUAAAGUGGCUGCUAAGUGUAGAUUAAAAUAGACAACAAUAAUAGAAGAGAAAACAAGUUUUAAAAGUGAUUUUUAAGCAACAUGUUUUGUAAUAUUUGGUUACUACUUACAAUUUAGCAGAAAAUUGAAAUAAAAAAUCUCAUCAGUGUCUGUGCCUGAUAAAUAAACAAAUCUUGUUUCAUUGACAGUGAAAAUCCAA